AUGAACAAGGCUCGAGCGGGGUCGGUCGACACUUUUGAACUUACCUGUCUACUAUGGAAAAGGAAAGCCACUGUACAGAAGCGGCGCGACGCAUUCAAUACCGCUCGCGAAGGUAUCUACGAGCAAAGACUGCGUAUGGGCAAAGCCAUCUUCGAAGAUUUGCAGCAGCAUGACCACGACAUCUUUAUCUGGAUCACACCUCGCUACAAUCUGAUCAAUGCUAGUCCUUUCGGUCAUCAAGGAGUCCUUUUCGAGCCAGCCAUCGAACACAACGGCACCGAAGAGCAGAAGACCAAAUGGCUGUCUCUCGCAAGAUCCGGCAAGAUCCUCGGUACUUACUGCCAGACAGAGCUCGGCCAUGGAUCAUUCAUUCGUGACCUCGAGACCACUGCUACCUUCGAUGGAGUCACCGAUGAGUUCGUCAUCGAUUCGCCGACAGCCUCAUCUGCUAAGUUCUGGCCUGCUGGGUUGGGCUUCUCUAUCACACAUGCGGUCGUCAUGGCACAAUUGAUUGUUGGCGACAAGAGCCUAGGUCCUCAUCUCUUCAUCGUACAGAUCAGAUCACUGCAAGACGGCACGCCUCGAGUAGGUGUCAAGAUGGGUGACAUUGGCUACAACGAAAAAGACAACGGCUACGCGGCAUUCGAACACGUCCGCAUACCAAGAACCUAUAUGCUCAUGGGUCACAGCACUCUCAAAUGCGAUGGCACCUGUACCGCCGAUUAUAACCGCGCCAAGUUAUCGUACUCGGUCAUGCUCCUCGUCCGUAGCAAGAUGCCAGCCAUCUUCGCUGUGCAACUUGCGCAAGCUGUUACAAUUGCGACAAGAUACUCAGUGGUUCGAGAGCAGGGCUUAGGUCCAGACAACUCGCUAGAUACGGAGACUUCAGUGAUGUCAUAUAAGUCGCAGCACUUCCGCACCCUGACUCUGGUUGCGAAGUCCUACGCGAUGUUCUUUGCAGGCCAGGACUGCAAAGCACAAUAUGUAGACCUGAAGGCCAGGCAGAAUCGAGGAGAUCACUCAACAUUGGCUUCGGUACAUGCGUUAUGUGCUGGUCUUAAGGCGUACGUGACAUCCGAAGCGGCAGACGGUGCAGGAGAAGCGCGCAAGCUAUGCGGUGGACACGGCUUCAUGUCGAUCUCCGGACUGCCUGACCUGAUCGGCGUAACAGCAGGCGGUUGCACAUUGGAAGGCGAGAACCACGUGAUGUGGCAGCAGCUCGGCCGCUAUCUCCUCAAGCAAGUCGACGCCAUUCAAGCUGGCCAGGAUGCAGACGAGCAGGUUCGGUACCUCGCUCCCGAAGGCCCGUCAAUACCCUGUUCAGCAACAGAUCGCCGCUUCCUCGAUACCAGCGUCCAACUCUCCAUCUACCGCCACCGCGCCCAACGUCUAGUCUCCAAAGCCCACUGGUUAGUACACUCAUCCAGGAAGCCAAAGUCAGAAGCCUGGAACGAGCACAUGAUGCUCAUCAUUUCUGCAUCACGCGCCCACAUCGAGUAUGUCGUCCUCCAGUCCUUUAACGCCAUCAUCAACUCACCGCCAGCACCGUUCUCACCCACCUUGGAAACAGUGCUUGAGCGCGUACGCUCGUUCUUCGCACUCCCGACCAUCAUCAAUCCACGCUCCACCGAUGCGCUGCACUUCAUCGAGAGCAAUACUUGGGGCGAAGCGUACCUCAACACGUCUCAGCUCGACACCAUACGCUUCCUCGUCAACGAGCUGUUGGAGCAGUUACUGCCCGAGGCUAUCGCGCUGACGGACGCAUGGGAUUUUCGGAUGCGAGCCUAUGCAAACAUUAUGCGGUGGGUGGAGCAGAUGCCAAUUAACAGGGGGAGUGUGGAGGGCAGCUGGGGGAGGUGGGUGGGUCCUAUUUUGAAUAAGGAGGACAGGGCGAAGCUUUAG